AUGGAUGAAAUAAAGGAAAUCGCUCCAAAGCAAUAUAAAGCUUUGCCCUAAAAAGCAGCUCAGCCUCAGUAGUAAUAGUAAUAGCCGAGAGAGGAAGUAAAAGAAGAAUAGAAAAAUCCUAAAGCGAAAGGAAAUCAAGGACCAUAAUAAAGAAGUAAAUUUGCUCAGCUUAUGAGAAUGGGAGAGUAAGAUCUUACCGAAGAGGAAGUUUAGGAAGUAAAAAAAUUUGAAGCUUCUAGACUCCAGUCAAUUACCAACGAGGUAGUUGAAUACUUCCCAAGAGUCAUGCUCUUUCAUACUUUAGUUGUCACUUUUUGUGCAAUAAGAUCACCAACAGACACUGCUGUAAUUUUCACUUACUUUACAGUGCUGCUAAGAUGCCUAAUGGUCUCAGGAUGGUAUCAUAAAAGAUAAUUCGUAUACUUAAGUGCAGGAGCAGGGGAAGCUCUCAUCAAUGUGAUUUUAUUCUUUAUCACAUUAACAUACUCUCCAUAUUGA